CUUGCUCAGCAGGAUGAGUGGGGCAAUACAAUGCUUCAUUAUAGCUGUGCAAAUGGCCAUGUCGCCUUAGUCCGGCAUGUCACGCCGUCAUUGCCAAUUGAAGCAUUGAAUCUCGUCAAUGAAGGCGGGAAUACAGCCUUGCACUGGGCGAGUCUGAAUGGACAUUUGGACUGUGUCAAGGUCUUGCUGAGUGCCGGUGCAGAUGCGAAAAUCAUCAACAAGGCGAGAAGAAUGGCCGUGGAUGAGGCGGAAGCGCAAGGAAAGGAGAGUGUUGUCUUGUGGUUCCUUGCUCUUGACAUG